UUGAUUGAUAUGCUGGGGACCCUACUGGACCGACCCAUUAUUCAUAAAACAUUUGAGCCCAAGUACAAGAUACUCAUUGAUAUGUGCAGUAAAGAGCUGGACACAGUUAAAGUCCUCUACGACCAGCAGUUGGCUAGCAUGAAGAGUCCAACGGGUCCCAUUGUUAAUAAGAACAUGCCUAAAGUAUCAGGAUCACUGCGCUGGAGUCAGCAGCUUCAUGAUAGGAUUGAACUCACUAUGGGGAAACUACAAACACUGAGUUGCAUUUCAAGGGACAGUCCUGAUACUAAGGAUGUAUUCAGUAAGUAUGAUGAAAUGAUGAAUUAUAUCAGCAGUUUUGAAGCUGAUGUCUUCACAAGGUGGGCCAGUGACAUUGAGACAAUAGCUAAGACUAACCUUGAGAAGCCACUGCUAGUCUGGGAGACAAAGGAUGGGAAGGAAGUGUUGAAAGUGAACUUUGACCCUGAA